UCAAAGACACGACGCAGGGCUUGCUCUGAACAGGAGUUAUCUUGAUGCCGUUCCAUUUUUAUGCAGACAUUGCUGGUGUGUUUCUGUGUGGAAGCUCUUUGUGGAAUUAACUUCAGCUGACGGGGCUGUAGUCUUACUGAGGAGUGCGGCUUUCCUCCUGUUUAAGACGGCUCAGAGCUAACUUGACCUUAAAGAUGGAUCUCUUUCGUUCUUGAGGAAGGAUGACUGACACGCUGCAAAACUGAGCAAAGACUUUUAGAAGACGGGCAAAAGGAAACUAAAACAUUAUAGACCGAUAUUCUUUGGAAUAAUCUGGCUUGCUUGAUUAAAGACUCACUCGUCCUUGGACUUUGCUCAAGACUCCAGAUUUAGUAGUUUGGUGCAAUGGAAGUAGGCUAAGCGAGGAGUUGUGACUGAGAAACUGUGAAGAACCUUCAGUUUGGAUCACAGCGCAAAGAUAGCAUGGCUGUAAGGCCAUUCCCUGGAGCUUCAAUCUGACACUCCCUCCCCAUAAACAAAGAUGAAAAUGGAAGGUGUUUGGAUUAACAGAUACCGGAAGCAGCUGGUGAGGUCCAUCUCGGGGCCCUUCCUGGAGAACAUCGUGAGCCACAUGAGGAAGCUGGAGCUCCUGAGUAAGGACGAGGCCUGCCAGAUUCAGGCCGCCGGCCACGUGUCUGAGAAGGUGCGCACGGUCAUCGACAUCCUGGCCUUGAAGGGACCCCAGGGCUCCGAGUCGCUGCAGGCCUUCAUUGAGACCACCAACUCCCAGCUCUACCUUCUCAUCACGCUGUAUGACCCGAUGGUGCAGAAGCACGUGGAGGUGCUGCAGAGCCGCUACGGGCCCUGGCUGGAGCAGAGCCUGCUGCCGAUCAAGCCUUCCCUCGACAACUUCACCAACCUGCUGCUGGUGGAGGGGCUGUCGGACCUCCAGCAAAAGGAGCACGACGUCAUGCAGAUCGAGGCCACCAGAGGAACCGGGAGACACAAUGCCAGGAGGCUGGCCCUGGACAAACUGCUGCUGCCUCUCACCAGGGUGAGCAUGCCCCCUCGGAUCCUGUUGACUGUGGGCGUGGCGGGCAUCGGGAAGACCAACCUGGUGAGACACUUUAUCCACCACUGGGCCAAGGGAGAGAUCUACCAGGAAGUGAACUUUGUCUUUCCCUUCACCUUCUGGGAACUCAACGCCUACGAGAAACUAUCUGCUGAGCGGUUGAUAAAGCAGACGUUUCCCCACAUCGCUGACGUGAGCCAAAUCUUCGGUGGCACUCCUCGCGUCCUCCUGAUUUUUGAUGGGCUGGAUGAGUUCAAGUGGCCGCUGGACUUCUCGGACACCGUGGCUUGUACGGAUCCCAAGAAGGAGGUCCCUGUGGACAACCUCAUCACCAACAUCAUCCGGGGGAACUUGUUCUCUGAGGCCUCUGUCUGGCUGACCUCUCGGCCCACAGUAGCAGCCCAGAUCCCUGGGGGCCUAGUGGACAGGUUGACCGAAAUCCAAGGUUUUGGACAUAAAGACAUCCAGCAUUUCCUACAGCAGCUUUUCCAGGAUGGAGACCUGCCUUCGCAGAUUUGGUCCCACCUGAACUCCAACAAGAUCUUCCUGGUGAUGUCCUACGUGCCCUGCGUUUGUUGGAUCAUUGCCUCCACCCUUGGACACCUCCUGAGGAAUGACACGCAGGAUGGCUUGCCCAGAACGUGGACCGAGCUCUACUCUCACUUCUUCAAGAUGAUGGUGGAAGGGGAUUCCAAGGAUAAGGAGCCCUUAAAGAUUGAACAAGCCAGCGGGAGCAGUCGGAAGCUGAUGGGCAGCCUGGGGCGAUUAGCCUUUUACGGGCUGAUCAAGAGGAAGUACAGCUUCUAUGAGCAAGACAUGAAGGCUUAUGGGAUUGACCUGCCUUCCUUACAAGGCAGUCUUUGCACUCGCAUCUUAGUAAAGGAAGACUCCCCAGUCUCCACAGUCUAUUACUUUGCCCAUCUCACACUCCAGGAGUACCUGGCGGCCACCUACUACUACACGGCCUCGAAGCGCGCUAUAUUCGAUCUGUUCACGGAGAGUGGGAUGUCCUGGCCCAAAAUAGGCUUCCAGAACCACUUUAAAAAUGCUCUCCAGAGGUCCCAGCAAUCCGAGGAUGGACAGCUGGAUGUUUUUGUCCGCUUUCUCUCCGGCCUGCUCUCCCCCCAGGUGAUCAAGCCCCUGUCUGGACUGCUCUUGCUGGCCAGGGACGAGCACAACGGCUACCGAGGUCCCGCCAUCUCCUUCCUGCAGAGCAGCCUCAGCUCCGGCUGCACCAUCUCCCUGCGGGCCGUCAACAUGGUGCACUGCCUCCAGGAGCUGCAGCACACGGAGCUGGCCCGGACCGUGGAGGAGUCGCUCCGCAACGGCAGCCUGGCAGGCAAGCUCAACACCGUCAACUGCUCGGUGCUGGCCUACCUGCUGCAGGUGUCGGAGGAGUGCGCAGAGGAGACCAACCUGUCCAGCUGCCUCAACUACAGCAUCGUCAAGAGCCUGCUGCCGCAGCUCCUCUACUGCAGCAAUCUCAAACUGGAGAAUAACCAGUUUAAGGAUGAUGUCAUGGAACUGCUGGGCAGCUUGCUGAGCGCCAAGGACUGUCACAUCCAGAGGAUCAGUCUCGCUGAGAACGCCAUCAGUAACAAAGGAGCCAAGGCCAUCAGCCGGUCCCUCAUGGUGAACAGGAGCCUGACUGCUCUGGAUCUCCGCAGUAACAACAUCGGGCCCAAAGGAGCCAAAGCCCUGGCAGAAGCGCUCAAGAUCAACCAGGGCCUGGUGUUUCUCAGCCUCCAGAACAACUUAAUCGGGGAAGAGGGAGCCAAGGGCAUUGCAGAGAUCCUGAUGACAAAUCGCAAGCUGGUCACCCUUCACCUGCAGAAGAACUCCAUCACUGCAGAGGGAGGCAAGCUGAUUGCCGAGGCGUUGAAGAAAAACCGGAGCCUGAAAGAACUGAUUCUGUCCAGUAACCAGCUUGGUGACAAGGGGGCCACUGCGCUGGCCCAGGCGCUGAUGGAGAACCACAGCCUUGUCGCUCUUCACCUCCGGAGCAAUUCCAUUAGUAACAAAGGGGUCACAGCGCUGACACGGGCUCUCAAGCACAACAGAGGACUGACUGACCUCAACCUUAGGGAGAACUCCAUCGGUGUGGAAGGAGCGAAGGAGAUUGCCAACGCACUACAAGAGAACAGCACACUGAGAAACCUGGAUCUGACGGCGAAUCUCCUGCAUGAUGAGGGUGCCAAAGCCAUUGCAGGAGCCAUUAAGGGGAACCGUGCCUUAACCUCCUUGCACCUCCAGUGGAAUUUCAUCAAAUCCAAAGCUGCCAAGGCCCUGGCUCAAGCACUACAGUCGAACAGCACCCUGCAGUGUCUGGACCUGCAGGAAAACGCCAUCGGAGACGACGGCAUGGUCGCGCUAGCUGGGGCCCUGAAGACCAACACGGCUCUCACCUCCCUCUAUCUGCAGGGAGUGUCAGUUGGCAAAGCUGGUGCCAUCGCCCUAGCAGACACCCUGAAAGUCAACCAGACUCUGCGCACGCUGGACCUGCGAGGGAACUCGAUUGGGAUGGAAGGAGCCAAGGCACUGUCCAACGCUCUGAAAAUCAAUACCAGCCUCCGGAUUUUAAAUCUGCAGGAGAACUCUCUGGGAAUGGACGGGGCUAUUUUUAUAGCCACAGCCCUCACUGGAAACCACAAGCUCACCCACAUCAACCUGCAGGGGAACCGCAUAGGUGAAUCGGGAGCAAAGGUCAUUUCUGAUGCCAUCAAAUCCAAGUCUCCUGACUGUGUGGUGGAGAUCUGAUCCUGGCUGGUCAACAAGCUCUCUUGUUUGCCCUUGACUGAAGCUUCUGGCCUCUGGUUCUCCCAUAUUGGGAUGAAGAUAUUAAUCCAGUUUUAAAGGCAGCUAAGCUGUGUUGUUCUAGGUGUUCACCCGCCUGAGGUAACGGACCUGUCAGGCCCUCCUUUCAGUGAGUUUCCUGAAAUGACCUUUUUAAUUAGCUUACAGUGGAGUACCAUCACAGCAUGAACGCAACUAAUACAAAUCCUCACGUGCAGUAUCACAAACGCAAAAAGACUUCGGGACGUUACAAUGAAGUGUGUGAAGAUGAGUGUGAAGGGAGAUCCAUUUUUCACGAGGUACACAGGAACUAAAAGGGUGCCCUCGGGACAUUUGCCAACUGCAUCCUGAGCAAAUCCUACCACCUUUCAGCUUGGGUCUGCACAAAAAUGAGCUUGGAAGGUGUUCUGGCUGCACUGUGAGCCAUAAAAGGACCCCUCCAUAAAGAGAUGACUGCGACCCUGAACCUUGAAAUCCACACAGAUGACGGAUCUCAGAAUAAUGUCCUGUUACUCACUGGACUUGGAACUCAAAGGCUCCUGUUUGUGUGUGGUUGGAGGUGGGAGUGGGCUGGGAAUCUAACGUCAAGGUUUGCAUUCUUGAAGUGAAAGAAAAUGCCUUCCCACAUCCAAAUUCUUUUCACAUAUUUCUACUCAAAGAGGAGACGAAUUCCAUUGAAAUAGCAAAUCGUAACCAAGUCUUUCAAGGGUCUUGUUGGCUCUCUGGUGUAGCUGUUGACUCCAGUUGAAAGACGUAUCUUGAAAAGCUGGUUUCUUUUGGAGGAAACGUGCUGUGUGUCGUGGGUAAAGCAGCUGCAGUUAUUUCAGCGAUGCUUUGAAGAAUUAGGAUGAAAAAGAGAUCAAACACAAUUCACAAGAGAUCAAACAUGGGUACACAGAUAAACAAACUGCUUAUAGUAGCAACACAAUCUUUACUGUCAUUAAUUUUUUUUGGGCUGAUGCCUUUAUCCAAAGUGACUUAUAUUUACAUUCUGUUUUUUACACCUGGUUAUGGUACGGGAGCAAUUUUGGCUGACGUUUCUUGUUGAAGUAUACCUCAGGGGUGUCUCGUCUGGGAUUUGAACCCACAGCCUACCAGUUCAGAUCUGAAACCUAGCUGCUUUUUCUUCAUCUCGCAUUGCAAACCUGGUCCUUAAUUGUAAAACGUGAAAGCUGAAUUCUUCUCAGGUAUUAAAGCAGCACUUUCGUGCCUGAGAGAAUGGACACUGGCACAAGUUGAGUGACCGCAACUUCAGUCACUGCUGAAGCCAAUCCGUUCACAAACUGCUGAUUGAUGAGAUUUGGAAAUAAGGCUAUUGGCUUUUUGGCCUUUGUCCUUCACAGCUAAAGAUCAGCCCUUUAGGCCUAAAGUAAGAAAAAUCUGAUGUCUUUGUAAUAUUGCUCUCCACAGUUUAUAUACACUUGUCUCUUCAACCCCCCUGUCUUUGAGGUAUCUUUCUCAAGAAACUCCAGGACUCAGAAAGCAGUUAAAACUUCUCUUAUCAGGGAAUUUAGUAUAAAGAUUCUGUCCCAGUCAGGAGUUUAGUACAGAAGAUGGGAGGGAGAAGCGUCUGUGCUCAAGCAAGCGUGAAGGUUAGAGUUUAGCAUGUGAAUUCAGCAGGAGUUCACAGCUCCUACCACUAUAUGGGUACAGAGUAACACACCGAUUCUGCUAGCAGACUCCAUCAACAGCAGUCACACCGGGAAAGCAGGUGGUAUUUGCAGUUAAGAGGUUAUGCCAAAAUGCGCACUGCAAAGCCUCUCUUGGUGAAUACAUGUGGAUGAGUGCUCAGCUUUGCCUAGUCUACCACAUGGACCUAUGAACUGCUCUGAGGAGCAAGUGAUAACAACAUCCUUUAGAAAAAAAAAAAAGUAGCUGUUUGUUGGUCCUACAAAGUUUGACCUUUGCUGUUAUUUACCCUAGUUUACAUCAUUAUACUGUUCCUCUGUUUUUUUUUCAUGCUUUUAGCGUGAUUUUACCAAUGUGUAUUGAAGAUGCCUUUGGGAGAAGUGAUUUUUUUAAAGCAGAGAAUGCCCAGUGGCAUACCCCAGGAUUUUAAGUUAGUUGUACCAAGAUGUUUCCUGUUGUUCCACUUCUUUAAUUAGUACUGUAAAUAUAGAGUCUACCAAACUUGAUAUCCAUGUCAAAGGGUAUUUGGUCUCUUAUGAGCCUCUUGCAAUGACACUGGCUAUCUGUUUUCAGAAGACAGUAGUAAUCCCCAGUGUCUGUGGGCAGGCAUUUUGCCAUGUAGAUGACUCUGAUAGUGGCUCGACUGUGCAUGAAACCCAGGAGGAGCCUGAAGCCAGCUACAGUAGCAGGUGUGUGGCCAGGCUGUGCUGCCUGCUGCCAGUUACCUAUGCUGCUGGACCUCGCUCAGCUCAGUGGGACUUGAUGAAGUGAGAAAGGAGGUCAUUGUCCAACCUUGGCUUCAUAGCAACUGAUAUAACCCUGAGCCAGAACCAGAGAAGUCAGUAAUUAGAAGAGUUAAGCUGGUGGUUGGGAAUUCAAGUGCAUGGUUGCUCCUAUGCAUGGACAGGGGAGACUACCACUGAAAGAGACAGCUGCCUGACCCGAAACCAGAAACACACUCAGCAGAACCCCAUAGGGCACUGAGCUGCAGAAGGCCAGUGGGACAACAGAAAUGUCUCCCCCACACAUUAUUCAAUCUAUUUUUCUAAAAACACAGCAUGGGACAUUCCUAAUUGUAAAAAAUAUAUACUGCUUAAAGGACAGACAUACGAAGCUAAGCCAGCACUGUUUAUUAUGGUGGCAGUUAUGAAUUGCUUAGGAAUUCAUUUAGCAGUGAGACAGGCUGGCUGUUUCCUUACUCUUUUUUCUGCUAGCCAGUGUGUGACAGGGUUGGUGUUUUAGGGGUCAUAUUGUGUUUUUUUUCCCCCAUUUUUUUAUCUAUGGUUGUGAUUAAAUAUUUAUUUUAUUUAAAUGUUAUGACAGACAAAAGGAGAAAAACUCCACUCAUUUCUUUCUAAAAUGACAUGCUUUUGUGCGGGGAAAUGACUUUAAUUGCAAAAUGAACUUCAACAGUUUGAUUUUGCAGCAUUUGUGUUCUCUUGGAAAAGGCAAUUAGUGUGUUUGUAUCAAUUUGAGCACAGCUGCUGACAGUGCAGUGCAGUCCAGUUUGCUAGACAGACUAGAUACUUGUGUAUCUUGGUUCUGUAUUCACUUUCAGAAUGUCUGUCUUUGUAAAUAUUCUGUUUUAGAUCAAAUGUGUGCAAUGUGUUUUGAAUAAAUAUUUAAUUAUUCUGUUA